GAGCAAAUCAUUCAUGUGUGUGCACCGAACAUGCCCCAUCUCGUGAGACGCAGGUGAAAGGGACUCUGAACUCGCCAGCGUCAGGCGCGUCAGUGCGCGCUUACAUCCGCCUCGCUCAGUUGGAGUUGUUCUCCGCAGUUCAGCGAGCGUGAGGCAAUGCGAAUUCACCUGCUGGAGCACUGUGAUCACGCUGCGGGCUACCGAAGUUGAUAGUUGAAUAAAAAAAUAUGAGUUUCGACCCAUAAGGUUUGGAAUUAAGGACACUCGGCGUUUUAUGUGGAUUAUUGAGCGUGCAUAUAAAUGAGAAACAUCCCCGAGCAACUGAAGCAAGAACACUGAAGGAAAGCGAUGCAACUCGCUCCCUUCCACCAAACCUCGCGACGAAACCGGUUUUGCUUUUUUCUUUGGGAUUAUAUGCGCAGUGUGGAAAAGGAUUUGGGAAGAUUUCUGCACCUUUGGGAAGGAAAAUCCGAUUUCGAUAAGUAAUAGGAAGGACCAGUAAGUUAAAAUAGCAGACGGAGGUAAUUCAUACGGUCAGACUACUGAAUCAUAUUUCCUUUCCAGACAAAUCGGUUGCAUUCUGGUGUCAAACUUGAGGAGUAGACACCAUCGGAAAAAAUGGAAAGAACAAGAACGGAUAACGGCGAUGACUUGGAUUUUCAGGAUGUUGGAAUACAGAUUUAAUUUCUUGGUCUAAAUGAACAAAUCGAUUGUCAAAAUACUUAAAAGACUCAGUUAGCACUGAGUUUUAGCUCGUAAUGUAAUUGGCUGAAGACAAAUCAUUUUUUGUGGACUGUUAAACAGAGGUUAUGUAAUGCAAGAACUGAGAAUGACAUUUUCUUGUCACAAAGCUGCAAGCUGGAAUUUUGCUUCAAUUUGAUUAGACGCUUUUUUCGUAUAGGAUCUUUUUUUGGAAAUCAACGUCGCUCUUUUUUUAGUGCCCUGCGGCACGCAAUUUUGAUGUCAGAGGAGGCUGCCGCUCCGUCACCAUGACGACCGAGGAGUGUCCCGUGCCGCUUGGCAUGAGCCAGGUGGGGGCAGGGCUGUGUGAGGACUUCGGCCCCUCUCAGGGGGAUGACAUCAUCGAGGAGGUGGGGCCAUGCGAUGAUGCGGGCAGUGACCUCAGCACUUUGGUCGUGCCAUUUCCUGAGUUGGCGCCAGUGGUUUUCUUCUGCCUCAAACAGACCACCUGCCCGCGCAACUGGUGCAUUCGCAUGGUGUCGAGCCCGUGGUUUGAGCGCAUCAGUAUCAUGGUGAUUCUGCUGAACUGCGUCACUCUGGGGAUGUACCAGCCCUGCGAGAACAUCGACUGCACCUCAGAGCGCUGUCAGAUUCUACAGGCAUUCGAUGCAUUUAUCUAUAUUUUCUUUGCACUGGAGAUGGUGGUGAAGAUGGUGGCUCUGGGGAUCUUUGGCCGUCGCUGUUAUCUUGGCGAUACUUGGAACAGGCUGGACUUUUUCAUCGUCAUGGCAGGGAUGGUUGAAUACUCCCUUGAUCUCCAGAACAUCAACUUCUCCGCCAUCAGAACAGUGCGUGUACUCAGACCUCUCAAAGCCAUCAACAGAGUAACAAACGAGUAA